GUGUCCGCCCACUGGAGGAGACGGACAUCUGCUGGCACCGCAUCCUCCCGCCGCGGCCGCGGACUUUAACCGGUGACAACCUUGGUCGUACCGGCUGGAUAAACGAGCAGCACUCACCUCGUCCUCGUCAGAUCGGUUAUUUCCUCUGAAAGCUCCGCUCAGGAACUUCCAGGAAGAUGAACGACAGCUACCCGGUGCAGGAGUACGACUUCGAGCGUCGUUUCGACGAAAGACGGGCCCUGGAAUGGAUGCAGGAAAACUGGAGGACGUCGUUCAUGUUCGGCGGCCUGUACGCCGUGCUCGUAUUCGCCGGCCAGCACUUCAUGAGGGAGAGGCCGAAGCUGAACCUGCGGCGCCCGUUAGUGUUGUGGUCCCUCAGCCUGGCCAUCUUCAGCAUCAUCGGAGCGGUCAGGACUGGACUCUACAUGCAGCACGUGCUCUCAAACCAUGGCUUUAAGCAGUCGGUGUGCGACAACAGUUUCUACAACGCCCCAGUCACCAAGUUCUGGGCCUACGCCUUCGCCGUCAGCAAGGCCCCCGAGCUGGGAGACACCAUGUUCAUUAUCCUCCGGAAGCAGCGCCUCAUCUUCCUGCACUGGUACCACCACAUCACCGUGCUGAUCUACUCCUGGUACACCUACAAGGACCAGGUGGCCGGCGGCGGCUGGUUCAUGACCAUGAACUACCUGGUUCACUCCAUCAUGUACUCGUACUACGCGGCCAGAGCGGCCGGCCUGCGGGUGCCACGAGUCUUGGCCAUGUUCAUCACCGCCAGCCAGAUCCUGCAGAUGGUGAUGGGUCUGACCGUCCUGGGUUUUGUGUACAUUUGGAUGAACGAGGUGCGGUGUCCGUCCAAUCUGGACAACAUUAUUUGGGGCACCCUCAUGUACUUCAGCUACUUGAUCCUUUUUGCCUCGUUCUUCUACAACAACUACCUCAAAGGCAGUGAUAAGGGAUCCAAGGCAGAGUAGCAUGUUUGCGCUGAGCUCACGGUCGUAUUAAUUUGUGCCAUAAGUAGAAAUGACCAAUACCGAGAGGCUGUGAAUGUCCGAACUAGUUUGCUACACUGACUUUUAUCAAUAGCUUAAACUGAGUUUAGAGCAUUUUAGGAAGAGGAUUCAGACUCAGCGCAUUUUAAUAUGACCCCAUGAAGAGUUAGGAGCAGGAGAUGUUUGACUAAAAUGAUCCUUACUUCAUUUAAAUUAUUUAUUACUUACUAUUACACUUGACCAGUAUCAAAAAAUAGCCGGACGUGGGCCAAAUAUUUGCUAAAAAAUGUUCUUUUAUUCUAACUGAUAUAUAGCUCUGAUAUAAAAGAGGAAAUGAUUGGAAACAUUGGGGAACAUGCUUGUUUGAACUCUUUUUGAGAGUUAGCUCAGAGUCGUUGAGCUUAACUUAGCUUAGCAUAAAGACACAUGUAUAAAAGAGAAUUUACCAACACCUCUUAAACUGACUCCUUUGAACAUCUUAUCAGGCUGAUCCGUCCUCCAGCUGCAGUGUCGUCUGACAAGAUGGGAGAUAGUUCUCACACAGAAUUUAUUUUUGUAUUCUGUUAUCCGUUAAAAAAGAAAAAAAAAGCUGGUGUGCAACAUGUUAAAUGGUGAGCUUUCCAGGUGCUGUUAGGUGCCAAACUUUCUUUGUGCCCUUCUUUACUGUCGUUAUGCUAAGCUAGGCUAACCCUCUCCACCAUAAUGUUGGACUGCUCCUUUAAAAUUGUGUCUGUUUUAGCCCUGACAGUAAUGUGAGCUGCAGGACUGCAACUAAAAGGGAAUGAAGCACUUAAUGACUAACAGCACUUAAACUGACACCACAUCAUUACUUGGUAUUAAUAUGUGUCCUGAGUGAUCUGAUCACAAGUGGCCAGCGUUAGGAACGUGCAGCUAAAAUGGGUGGCGAUAUGUGUCUUUUCAGUUGGAUAAUACGGCCCCCUUUCUGGUUGACCUAUUACAACAUAUAAAGAGUCAUUGACGUUGCAGACCGGCAUUUCAAACAACAACCAGAUGGAUAAUAGUACAACUUUUUUUCAAUCUCGUACGUAAUGUUCAUGCUACUUCUGGUGCAGAUAAGAUGGCGCUGUCCCUCAGAUGGUUCUUCUACUGUCUCUGUUUACCUUCUUCUUCUGCUACCAGCUUUCUUGGUUAUUUUUGAUCUGGGGUUCUGGGGUUGUUCAUAUGCCAGUGCAUCGGUUUUGGAGCAUUUGCACACGCAUUGUCCGGUUAAAGUCCAAUUAAGGCGUAUACAUGCCACUCGCAUUAUCUGGGUGUCUUAAUCGGAUAAGGAGAACUCUAGAACUUUAGUCGGAGUAACACGUUUACAUGCACUUUGGUUGUCCAGUUAAAGUCGGAUUAACGCAACAAUUUGUGUUUUUCAUGUGCAUGUAUCUACUCCUGUUUCUUAAAUAACAGUCAUGGUUAGUCACUAAAGUAUGUAAGUCUGACACAAGGACGACUCCCAGGCUUUGAUCACCAACCAGCCGUCAGACUAAACUCACUCUAAUAGUCCAAAUAUUCAGUGGCUGAGCUACAGUUUGGAGUCGUUUCAAUUUUACUGCUUCCUCAUCUUCUUUAGGUGGUCUGCCAGCUUGGAGCUAUUGGUUGUGUUACCACCCUCUGCAUCCCCUAGCUCUCUGUUUAAUGAAUUUCCUUACUUUUGACCUUUGGGUAAGGGCUUUGAGGUAAAAAUUGCAUGUGCUGACAUGUUCUAUGUCAACCGACGCCGUCCAAUCGAAUGUAACCUGGCCAGAUGUGAUCGGAUCUCUCACGUUAAUACCAGGUCUGAACAGGGACCACUCUCUGUGUUGUUCUAAUAUGAGCCUGUACUUCUUGUCUGAUCUGACCACAAAUGCACUUUGUUCGUCGAUCUGUCUCCGUCCUUUUUGCUGUUUUGUACACAGACACGUUUACACACUGUGCUGUCCCUUUCUCAUUUGUAAACUCACUAGUGUCACCUUUAUCACUGUUGGCACCGCACUGAUUUAUCUCAGAUCUCUGGCUUUACAAAUUGUAGUUUGUUUGUGAAAGUCAGAACAUAUUGUCCACAAGUCUGAGUUUAUUCUGUCAGAAAAAUCAAUGUUGUUACUCUGGAUCAUUUAUGUGCCAAAUCUUUCUUCGGUUUGUCUUUUUCUCUCAUGGUUUAAUGAUUAAAAUUACAUAAAGUCAAAGGUUUAUUGAUUGUUGCGCCUUCAGAUCAAAUUUCAAUCCUGGAAAUAAUCGAUUGAAUUCCCAGAUAUAGUUUGAAUUGUCUUCUUUGUCUGUAACAUGGUCAAAAAUUGAACACCUAAAGUCAUUAACAGCACCUGUGUCAUAUAAAGCAGUUACAUGCCAUAAAGUCUACAUUUUCAGUUCAUGUUGGCAGAAAGGUGAUAAUUCUGCUUUAUUAGUGAGGUCAGGAUGCAAGUUGGUCAGAAUAUUAGAUAGUAUUGUAAAGUGCUUGGUGAGUGAAUGUGUGUCCAAACAAUUGUUAUGUCAAUAAACAUGAUUUACAGAAAGAAAAAUGUUGUAAAAUAAAAGUUUAUUAAACAGA